AUGCAAAUAAAUAAAUUCAAGCAUUUCUUUUACCGCAGCGGGUGUCCAUCAGUCAUCAACUUCAAUCAAUUAGUUGUUGAACUUUUCAACAGCUUGCUGAUAAAUAAUUUCCUCACAUUUACAGUGAAAAGAAUUAGGUAUCUACCAUUACCUAAAAAAGUAUUAAUGGGGCAUAAAAUAUUAGCGCGGUUGAAAUCCCAAUUACAACUUACCCAAGCUGCAAUCAUUUACAUAGAGUUAAAAGGAAAGCAAUUUCAUAGCCAGAUUCAAUGA